CUAAAGGGUCAAAGAGAAUCGGGGAGUAUACAUCUUCACAGAUUCUUUGACAAAGGUUAUGCUUUAUCUAUUAAUAAUAAUAGUCAGAGACUGCAGAUGACUUAAAUCUAAAUGCAGGUCUCUUCCGGAACUUUCAUCUCCGUAGCCCAUCCAAGAAUACAUUAAGAAUAAUUACAAUGUUGUUGUCUUUUUAUUGUGAUUUCAAUGCAAAUAAGUAUCUCGCACGUCAAGUGCCUUUCCCCCCCUCCUAAUGCAUGCAUCAGCUGUAUUAAGUGCUACUGCUUAGAGAACACUAGCCUGGUCUAGAGAAGCAGCUCCGGAUUUCGACCGAGAUGGGCUCAGAAGCCAGUUGGCGCUGUCCGUGGUGCUGAGGAAUUCCCGGCUGCCGGCAGAAUGAGCUCCAAAUCAGCAGUCUGCAAACUGCUCUCAGUGAUGCAGAAACCCAGCUAAAGUUGCUCCUUUCCUUCGCGUCCACAGUUAGUAUUUUCUGGUGUGUUAGAGGGGAUUCGAGUAACAUAUUGUGGAUGAUGCUGAUGUUAUUGCCAGCGGAGUGGGCUUUAAGCUUCAGCAUGCUGUUGCUGUUUGUGAUCCACAGAGCCUAGCCAAAUCACCUCUACUGCCGUAGCAAACACUGUGUAAAUGAACUCAUGUGUGGAGGAGGCGUAAUCAGCCGGGAAAUUUCAUAGAAGGAUCGGGGGAAAUGCUAAAUAUAAGUUCAACAUGAUUCUGCUACUGGGGUCUGGAUUUCUACAGGACCAGCUUUCCUUCUUGCUUUGAAUUCUGAAGACAGGUCCAAAGCAUAUUUCUUAUGUGUGUCUGCUGUAUUUCUCUCUGGAAGGGCGGGAGACUGCUUCUUGACUGUGGUUUGAAAUGGGAGGUAGAGAGAAUGGAUUGCCUUUAAUUCAAGCCUGAAAAUGUAUUCUUUGGAUAAUUAAAGAGAAACUGCUUUCUUAAAGCAUACCUGAUCUUUUAGUUCAUAUUGGUCUAUGACCCCCAUCACCACCAUUAACCUCCAGAGUGAUUAGCCUACCCCUCUUGCAUUCCCAUGGAAGGAGCUGAGUAUAUUUAAUAUUGGGAGCACAUCCAGAAGCCUUUGAGGAGGGGGAUGGCUCUUCAUAUUCAUGAAGCCUGCAUACUUCUGUUGGUCAUCCCUGGAUUGGUCACCCCUGCUGCCAUCAGUCAUGAAGACUAUCCUGCUGAUGAAGGUGACCAAAUGUCCAGUAAUGACAAUCUGAUCUUUGAUGACUAUCGAGGCAAAGGGUGUGUGGAUGACAGCGGCUUUGUAUACAAGUUGGGAGAACGAUUUUUCCCAGGGCAUUCCAACUGUCCAUGUGUCUGUGCUCUGGAUGGACCUGUUUGCGACCAGCCAGAAUGUCCUAAAAUUCACCCAAAGUGUACUAAAGUGGAACACAAUGGAUGCUGUCCUGAGUGCAAAGAAGUGAAAAACUUUUGUGAAUACCAUGGGAAAAAUUACAAAAUCUUGGAGGAAUUUAAGCUUCAGAACCCUAGCGCUGCUUUGAUUCCCUUCAGUGGCAGAUAUUGGUGGCUGGAAUCAAGGGCCAGGCCCCAGAAAAGUUUCACAGAGGGGACAUACAUAGGGCCAAAUUGGACCCUCCGAUUCACACCGUGUAUCUCUGAGAUGUGUGGUCCAAACUGCUUUGCAGGAACUACAAUAAUUCCGGCUGGCAUUGAAGUGAAAGUGGAUGAAUGUAACAUCUGUCACUGUCACAACGGGGACUGGUGGAAGCCGGCUCAGUGUUCAAAACGUGAAUGCCAAGGCAAGCAGACUGUGUAGGACCAACUCCCAACUGAUGACAAGUUCUUAGGAGACAACGCUAUGGCUUCUACUCUGCACAUGUUUAAAAUAAAACAAAACAAACAAACUCCUGCCAGCUAUAACAGGGUCACCAGCAAAAUCUUUUAGGGUUGAUAAAAGUGAAUAUUUUACUAAGAGAAAAUUUCUCUUUCUCUCUUGCUAUAUAAAAUAUAUAUAGUAUAUAGCUAUCAAACCCGCUUUUGUAAUCAUACAUGCUUGAUGGUGACUUGAUGACUGGAUUUCUGGAACAAAAACAAAGAAAUAGCCUUGUCCAGGCUCCUUCUCUGGUGACACUGCUAACCUGCCAGCUCACCACCCGCCGAGUUAAUCCAUUUUAACUCUCCUGUACAUCAUACAUGGCAUUUUUCUCUUGUAGCAUUUCCUUUUCCUGUUUAGAGUCUAAGAGGCCAGGUUUGAUGGCACAGUAAAGUUUUGAGUUGUAUCAAACAAGCCAUUGUAAAGAAAUGUCAGGAGUAAGGACUCUUCCUGACCAGGAAGACCAAAAGCAUCCAACCAAUCAUUCCCCUUGAAUGAAUCAUGACCUGUAGGCUGAGAAGAGAGAGGCACACACAGAUGGACCCACUGCUGGGCAGGGCGGGGAACUGGUGCUUGGUGCAUUAUUGGGGGGCUCCCAAUUUGAUUCUUACAAACCACACAUUUCAUCUGCAAAACCUUGAAACUGCCAAUCAAAAACUAACAUGGGAAGAAUGCCAAGAACUUGGCGAAAGAAUCCAAAGGGAAUAGAUAUUCAAAAUUGUAGCAUUAAUCACCAGACUUUAUCAUGAUGCCGAAUCUGAGUUCAGCUUGUAACACUCUAAACCCUCUCUGUCACCUGGCAGUAUAAAUAUCAGAACCAGGGUGAGUAGCCUCACUGUGAAUCUGAAUCCUUCUGAACACGACUGGCUUUGUAGAUCAGAUUUGGCUGAAAGCCAGUAGUACACACAGGCAGAUUUUAUGGUUUAGGAUGCAUUUGCCAUGUUAAUGACCACUUAGCCCUAUGUCUAAAACACAGAUUCAGGACACUCCUUUCCACCUCAAGUGCUGAUUUAAAUUAAAAAUUAGGGUAGAGUGAGUCUUGCACAAUAUAAUUCCAUUUGUUGAACAUUUUUUUAAAAUGUAUAUAUUAGAUAUGAAACAAUUAAAUUGAACCUUUGAAGAGUCUCAAGGUUGCCCUGGUAAUGCUGCUAGCAUAGUAACAGAAAAAAUAAACUACACAGGGUAUCUGAUGUCACCUCAAUUCAAGUGCAAAUUUAACAAUUCUGAAAUCACAUGGUAUAGUUAGUUGCUGAUUCCACUCUCCUGUCUUGAAAACCCUGGCACAGAUCUGGUAGGGUCCUUGAGGAAACUUGAAGGUUGUUUUCAUUGCCAACGUUCUUUCUUUUUCUGCUUUCACCCCAACCUGGGCUUUGCAAUAGCUCCUGUGGAGUGCCACAUUCUAGAACAAGGUUUCUCAACCUUAGUGUUAUUAACAUUGUGGGCCAGACAAUUCAUUGUUGUUGGGGGGCUGUCCUGUGCAUUUUUAGGAUGUUGAGCAGCAUCCUUGACCUCUAUCCAUCAAAUGCCAAUAGUGACACCCUAGUUGGAACAACAAAAUGUCUCCAGACAUUUCAAAUGUCCCUGAGGGGUGGGGGGAAUGGGCAGAAUAUCACCUGAUUGAGAACCAGUGGUCUAGAAUAAUAAGUAUAGAGUGGUUUCUGCCAGGGGAUGUUCUAGGCUCACUCUGGCUGAGCCUAUGGCUUAGCUGAACCUCUGACUGAGCCCUUUGGGACAUGCACAAUCAGCAACUCCAAGAGGGUGGGCUCAGUCUCCUCCAAAUGGAGGUGCUUCCAUGCCAUAGGUCUGCCCUCAGGACACAUUUCCUUUGUCUCAUGAACUGGGUUUUCAUUUAAAAUUGUCAGUCUCUUCUUCCUGGAAGCACCUCCUGUCAUCAAGAAGAGUUGUCAUUUCCAAAAUUAAUGUGUUGACGAGUUGCACCUGACACUUCUCAUGCACACUGUGCUUGUGUUAUGAUACAAAUAGCCAUGUCGGCGCCAUCCAAGGAAGAACAUCAAGCCGCCUUCUCCUAGAACACCAAUUUGCACAAGGUUGGUGCCUUUCAGUUGCCGCCAUGGAUACAUUCUAUAGACAGUCAUGAAUCAUUCACGAACAAUUCUGCAUGAUUUAUUCCUGCACUCCAAAGUAAAGGCUUUCCACACUUCAGCUUGUGUCUAGACAGAGAUGUAUUAUAGAGCUUUCUUUGCCCUGAGGUUGUCUGUUGCCAGCUUCAAAAAUCCACACUCUUGGAAAAAAAUAUAAUAAAUGACAGGAAUAAGGUUUGAAACCCAGAAAAUAUCGUUAAUGGAGCCAUGUAGCAUAGUACCCUAUCUGUUACUAAGAAGUUACUAUGUCCUUUUUAGAAAAACAGAAAGAGAGUGCAAUUGACAAGCCAGGGUACAGAAAUUUCGCAUCAAAAUCCUGGCACAGUGAUAGUCCCAGCAAGAAUUAACUAGAAUGAAGUACAAUAUCCAUCAAGAAACGAUCUUUAGAGAGUUUGCAGAAUGAAGUCUGCUCUGUGGCCUCUGUUACCAGCCAGAGACAGAGAUUUUUUGUUUUUCUCUCAUGUUCCACUACAAGCUCUUUCUUUAAAACUUGGCAGCACUGACAUUUUUCCCCUUUUAGGGAGAGAUGAACCUAUACUGUGACAGAAUUUCUCGUGACCAGAAACAUUUACAACUUCCUUCUACGCAGGUCAUUGAGAAAUUCUUUCCAAACUCUGAACAACAGAGUUGUGGUCUCAUCUGUUGUUGUUGUUGGUUUUUUUUUUGGUUUUUUUUGAAGGCUUUGUUUGCAACCACACUAUCACCUCUGUCCUCAUAUUCCUCCUCUACCUUUGGUUCUCGGCUUUAACUACAGCUAUGUUUAAAUAAGGGAUCAACAUCCUGUUUGUCAACUGAUGCCUGUUUAAAAAAAAAAAGAUUCAGUUUCUAAAAUCUUUGAAAAAUGGUGUGCCUGAAAACUAGUGAGAAAAAAAACCAACUUAAACACUAAACUGUAAAAAGGGGAUUCUAGCAACAAUAUUUCAUGUGUAAAAAAUAUAUUAUUAAAAAUUAUUUUGUUAA